UGGAUGUGAAUGUAUAUAUAUAUCCCCCAUGACAACGCCUGCGUCCAUCACUUUCUCCAAGGGUUGAUUGGUUCCAGCCUGCAACAGUAACUACCUGAUCAUGUCUCACUCAGGUGCUCAGGGCAGCAUUGGCAGCCACUCUGCCAUUGGUCUGCGCAAUCAAAAGAUAUACCUCUUCGAAUUUGAGAACUUCCAAGGCCGUAGAAUGGACCUGUUCGGCGAGUGCCGUAACCUGUGUGAGAAGGGUUUCAACAAAAUCGGCUCCAUCAGGGUAGAGAGUGGACCCUGGGUGGGUUACGAGCAGCAGAACAUGACCGGUGAGAUGUUCAUCCUGGAGAAGGGAGAGUAUCCCCGCUGGGACACCUGGUCCAACAGCUACAGGUGUGACCGCAUGAUGUCAGUCAGGCCUGUGCGUAUGGAUGCCCAGGACCACAAGAUCUGCCUGUAUGAGUGUCCAAACUUCGAGGGUCGUAAGAUGGAGGUGUGUGAUGAGGAUAUUCCAAGCCUGUGGUCUUACGGUUUCCAGGAUCGUGUCGCCAGCCUUCAGGUCACUGGUGGAACCUGGGUGGGCUACCAGUACCCAGGCUACCGUGGCUUCCAGUACAUUUUGGAAAUGGGCCCCUUCAAGCACUGGAAUGAGUGGGGAGCCCACCACCCCCAGAUCCAGUCCAUCCGCAGGGUAAGGGACAUGCAGACGCAUCGCAGGGGCUGCUUUGAGAUGAACGCAUAGAGACGAGUCUGGCACACAGCGGGCGGACAGGAGGGAAUAGCAGGGAGUCAAGCUCGCCAUGCUGCCAACCUCCUCUUGUGAAUUCUUCAACAGCCACUUAGGAAAACAUGCUAAUGGCUUUUGAAUAUUGUUAUUGCUUUUACUGGUAGGAUUUUGGAGUAUGUGGCUUCGUGAAUUAAUCUUAUGAGAAGUUCUGACUGUCACAAACUUGUGAGAAACAUAAAAAUGGUAGCAAUGCUCUCUGUCUACAGACCUCAUAGAAGGAUAAUAGGAUUUAUUGUAUUUAUUUAAGCUUUAAAUUUGUGUUUAUUAGUUUGUUUAAAUGCUAUUAUAAUCAUUUUAUUUUAUUUUUAUUCACAAUGUGUUUCAAGCUAAAAUGAUGCCAAUACGCCUGUUCAAAGCCCUCUGUGCCUCUUGCUCUCUUGAGAUCUGUGGAUUUUGGAGAGUAAAAGAAAGAAAGUAACAUCACUCCUCACAGUGUAAUACCAUGGACAGCUCUUAGCUCUGAACAUGACCUGCAGUAAGUUUGUCAGGCAGUGGGAGGUGCUGUCUCCUCAUAACAGAGCAAAAGGGCUAACCUCAGUGACCGGAGCAGGGUAGAGACCUGUCUGUCAUUUAACAUCAAAAUCUUUUGGCUGAUGGGGUUGUCCAGGAGAUAUGCAUUUUACACUUUCUCAGGGAUGCUGGCAUCUGAAACAACUUGCAUUAAAAGUAAGGCAAAAAUAAAAUACUUCAAAGCUGAAACAAUCUCCUCCUUUGU